AUGUCUGAAAAUACAUCUCACUUUUCUUUUCCAAAGGAGGAAGAAAAUGUUCUUGCCUUCUGGGAAGAAAUCGAUGCUUUCCACACCUCUUUAGAGUUAACAAAGGACAAACCUGAAUUCUCGUUCUUUGAUGGUCCUCCAUUUGCCACUGGUACCCCACACUAUGGUCACAUUCUAGCCUCCACUAUUAAAGAUAUUGUUCCAAGAUAUGCCACCAUGACUGGUCAUCAUGUCGAAAGAAGAUUUGGUUGGGAUACUCAUGGUGUUCCAAUUGAACACAUUAUUGACAAGAAAUUAGGCAUUAAAGACAAGCAAGAUGUCUUUGACUAUGGUUUGGAAAACUACAACAACGAAUGUAGAUCCAUUGUCAUGACUUAUGCUGCUGACUGGAGAAAGACUAUUGGUCGUUUAGGUCGUUGGAUUGACUUUGAUAACGAUUACAAGACCAUGUAUCCAUCAUUUAUGGAAUCUGUUUGGUGGGCUUUCAAACAAUUAUAUGACAAAAACCAAGUGUACCGUGGUUUUAGGGUCAUGCCUUAUUCUACUGGUUUAACUACACCAUUGAGUAAUUUCGAGGCUCAACAAAACUAUAAGGAUGUCGUUGACCCAGCUGUCACUAUUGGUUUUAAAGUUAAAGGUGAAAAAAACACUUACUUGGUUGCUUGGACUACUACUCCAUGGACCUUACCAUCAAACAUGGCAUUAUGUGUUAAUCCGGAUUUUGAAUAUGUUAAGAUCUAUGAUGAAACCAAAGAUGCUCAUUACAUCUUAUUAGAAUCUUUAAUCAAAUCUUUAUAUAAGAAACCAAAGGAUGCUAAAUACAAGGUUGUUGAAAAGAUUAAGGGUUCUGAUUUAGUAGGCAUUCAUUAUGAACCAUUAUUCCCAUAUUUCUAUGAACAAUUUAAGGAUACUGCUUUCAGAGUUAUUUCUGAUGAUUAUGUUACUUCCGACUCUGGUACUGGUAUUGUCCAUAAUGCUCCUGCCUUUGGUGAAGAGGAUUACAAUGUAUGUUUGAAUCAUGGCAUUAUUUCAGAAGAUUCUCCAUUCCCCAACCCAGUUAAUGAUUCUGGUAAAUUUACUGCUGAUGUCACUGAUUUUGCUGGUAUUUAUGUUAAAGACGCCGAUAAACUAAUCAUUAAGCAUUUAACUGCUACUGGUAACUUAUUAUUAGCUAGUCAAAUUCGCCAUUCAUAUCCAUUCUGUUGGAGAUCUGAUACUCCAUUACUUUACCGUAGUGUUCCAGCCUGGUUCGUCCGUGUUAAAGAAAUUGCACCAAAGAUGUUAGAAUCUGUCUUGGAAUCUAACUGGGUUCCAAAUAACAUCAAAGAAAAAAGAUUUGCUAAUUGGAUUUCUAACGCCCGUGACUGGAACAUUUCAAGAAACAGAUACUGGGGUACUCCAAUCCCACUAUGGGUUUCUGAUGACUUUGAAGAAAUCGUCUGUGUUGGUUCCAUAGCAGAAUUAGAAGAAUUGACUGGUGUUACUGGCAUCACUGACUUACACCGUGAUAUUAUUGAUAAGUUAACUAUCCCAUCUAAACAAGGCAAGGGUCAAUUAAAGAGAGUUGAAGAAGUUUUUGAUUGUUGGUUUGAAUCUGGCUCUAUGCCAUACGCUUCUCAACACUAUCCAUUCGAAAAUACUGAAAAAUUUUUCGAAAGAGUCCCAGCUAACUUUAUUUCUGAAGGUUUAGAUCAAACUAGAGGUUGGUUCUACACUUUAUCUGUGUUAGGUACUCAUUUAUUUGGUAAAGUUCCUUACCAAAACGUUAUUGUUUCUGGUAUUGUCUUAGCUGCUGAUGGUAGAAAGAUGUCUAAAUCUUUGAAAAAUUAUCCAGAUCCAAAUAUUGUUUUGGACAAAUAUGGUGCAGAUGCUUUAAGAUUAUACUUAAUUAACUCUCCAGUCUUAAAGGCUGAAAGUUUGAAAUUCAAGGAAGAGGGUGUCAAGGAAGUCGUAUCUAAAGUAUUAUUACCAUGGUGGAAUUCCUACAAGUUCUUAGAAGGUCAAAUUACUUUAUUAAAGAAGAGUUCUAAUGUUGAUUUCAAAUAUGACCCAACCGUCACCAGUGACAACGUAAUGGAUAGAUGGAUUUUAGCUUCUUUACAAUCCUUAGUCCAAUAUAUUCACCAAGAAAUGGCUGCAUACAAGCUAUACACUGUUGUUCCCAAAUUAUUACAUUUUAUUGAUGAAUUAACGAACUGGUACAUUAGAUUUAACCGUCGUCGUUUGAAGGGUGAGAACGGUCUUGAAGAUUGUUUGAAGGCUUUGAACACUUUGUUUGAAGCUUUAUUCACCUUCGUCCGUGCUAUGGCUCCAUUUACCCCAUUCUUGUCUGAUGGUAUUUACAUGAGAUUGAAAGAGUACAUUACUCCAGAAGUUCUUUCUCAGUUUACUAAAGAUGGCAGAUCUGUUCAUUUCUUAUCUUACCCAGAAGUUAGAAAGGAAUUUUUCGAUGAAGCUAUUGAAACCGCUGUCUCCAGAAUGCAAUCGGUCAUUGAAUUAGGUAGAAACAUCCGUGAAAAGAAGACCAUCUCUUUAAAGACCCCAUUGAAGACUCUAGUUAUUUUACACAAUGAUAAAGAAUACUUAAAAGACAUCGAGGCUUUAAAGAGCUAUAUUGUUGAAGAAUUAAAUGUCCGUGAUAUCAUUAUCACUUCUGACGAGGAGAAAUACGGUGUUGAAUACAGGGCUGUUGCUGAUUGGCCAGUCUUAGGUAAGAAAUUAAAGAAAGACGUGAAGAAGGUAAAGGAUGGUUUACCAUUUGUUAGUUCAGACGAAGUCAAAGAGUAUCUAAAGACCGGUAAGCUUGUAGUUGCUGGUAUUGAGUUGGUCAAAGGUGACUUAAAUGUCAUCAGAGGUUUACCAGAGUCUGCUAUUGCCUCUGGUCAAGAAACUAGAACUGAUCAAGACGUUUUGAUCGUCUUGGAUGUUAAUAUCUACCCUGAAUUAAAAACUGAAGGUUUAGCUAGAGAAUUAGUUAACAGAAUCCAGAAAUUGAGAAAGAAAUGUGGUUUGGAAGCUACUGACGAUGUUCUUGUUCAAUAUGAAUUGACCAACGAUACCAUUGGUUUUGAAAAGAUUGUUAAGGAACAUGGUACCAUGUUGAACAAGAUUUGUAGAUCCAAUGUCACAAGAUAUGAUGGUUCUAGAACUGAUGCCAUUGCAGAUGAAGAACAGACUAUUAAUGAUACAGCUUUCAAAUUGAAGAUCUUUAAAUUAUAA